UCUCUCUCUCUCUCUCUCUCUCUCUCGCUUUUCUCUCUCUCCGCCGAUCCGAAGUAUCUCGCUCUAGAGGAGGAGGAAGAGGAGGAGGAGAGAGAGAGAGGCGCCGAGAUGGUGGAGACGCGGCGGAGCUCGGCGGCGAAGCGCCUCCCCGCCUCCCCGGCGGUCUCUUCGUCCUCCUCGCGCGGGGCCAAGCGCCCUAAGAUGGAGGCGGAGUCGGCGUCGCCGAGGAAGGAUUCGGCGAAUUCGAAAGAGGCGGCGGCGGCUAUGGCGACGGCUUCUCAAGAGCCUCAGGAGCUAUCCAGCGCGCCGCCGAAUCCUGCUGCUGCGGCGCCAGCGGAGAGAUUGGAGGUGCCUACCCCUGAAAGCGCCGAUCUUGGGGUCUCUUCUCCAGCGUGUCAAUCGGUAGAGAAGGAGCCACUGGCGAAGAAGAAUCUUGAUCCCGUGGAAUGUUCAAGAAAGCGGGUGCGAAGAGGGCAGCCGAAGGCUGCGGCAUGGGGCAAGCUUCUUUCGCAAUCCUCUCAGAAUCCUCAUCUUGCUAUCUGCGGCUCUCCUUUUACUGUUGGCCAUAGCCGAAAAUGCAAUUUGCGAUUGAGCGAUUCAUCUGCCGGCACAACUGUUUGUAGACUAAGUCAAUCCAAGCAUGGUGGUACAUCCGUCACCUUACUUGAAAACUUAGGGGCCAAAGGAGUUGUACUUGUAAAUGGGAAAACCAUCGAGAAGAAUGCCAAUGUUGUCCUGACCGGAGGAGAUGAAGUUGUUUUUAGUUCAAAUGGGCAUCAUGCUUAUAUAUUUCAGCAAGUCACUGAGGAGAAAUCAAGUACAGCUGCUUUUUCUUCCUCGUAUGGCAUUCCAGAAGUGCAGCUUGCUACUCCAAAAGGUGUACAGCUAGACUGCAGAUCAAGGGACCGUUCAGCUGCUGGUGCUGCUGCAAGGCUGGUGUCCUUCAGAAAAGAUCACUUGGGUCUUCCUCUUCCGGCACCUAAUGGAUCUUCAACUGUUUCAGAGAUGGUAGGCAGUGCUUGUCAAAUUUCAGAAGAUUGUAGGGAAGUUCUUGAUGAUGCUGACUGCCCAGAAACUUCUCCGUCUAGUAGAUAUCAAGCCAUAAAGGAUGGUCUGAAACAUGCUAUUAUUGAUGCCAGCGAUAUCCAAGUUUCAUUUGAAUCUUUUCCCUAUUACCUGAGUGAGACUACAAAAAGCGUGCUUACCUCAAGUGCAUUUGUUCACCUAAAGUGCAAGGAAAUUUGCAAGUAUGCAGGAGGUAUUUCAUCUUUGAGCCAGCGUGUGUUGUUAUCUGGUCCUGCAGGUUCUGAAAUUUACCAAGAAACUUUGGUGAAGGCACUUGCACAACACUUUGGUGCUAGAUUGCUUAUAGUGGAUUCUCUGCUGCUACCUGGUGGACUAUCUUCCAAGGAGUUGGAACCCUAUAAAGAAGGUGAUAGGGUAAGAUAUGUUGGUUUGCAACAUUCAGCAGGAACUUCUUUGAAGGUUCGAAGAGGUCCAAAUUAUGGUUAUCGGGGAAAAGUGCUUCUUGCUUUUGAAGAUAAUGGGUCCUCAAAGAUUGGAGUUAGAUUUGAUAAAAAGAUUCCUGAAGGCAAUGAUCUUGGAGGCCUUUGUGAAAAAGAGCAUGGUUUCUUUUGUACCGCUGAUUCUCUUUGCCUCGAUAGUCCUGGCUGGGAAGAGACUGAGAAGCUUCCCUUUAAUGAAUUACUCGAGUUUGUCUUUGAAGGGAGUAAACAUGGCCCGUUGAUACUAUUUCUGAAGGAUAUAGAAAAGUCAGUAGCUGGAAGCACCGAUUCAUAUCAAACUAUAAAGGGUAAGCUUGAGCUUGCCCCAGCAGGUGUUUUUAUAAUUGGUUCUCAUACCCAGGUGGACAGCCGCAAGGAGAAGUCACACUCUGGUAGCCUUUUCCUUACAAAAUUUCCUUGCAACCAAGCUCUACUUGACUUUGCUUUCCAGGAUAACUUCAGUAAGGCGCAUGAAAGAAGUAAAGAAACUUCCAAGACAAUGAAGCAACUAUCGAAACUUUUUCCUAAUAAGGUUAUGAUCCAAGUACCACAGGAUGAAGCCCAAGCUUCGGAAUGGAAACAACUAUUGGAUCGUGAUGUUGAAACUCUCAAAGCAAAGUCGAACAUUCUGACUAUUCGCUCUUUUCUGAACCGCAUUGGUGUGGAGUGUGGUGAUCUUGAGACAGUAUCCAUCAAAGAUCAGGUCCUUACAAAUGAAAGUGUGGAUAAGAUUAUUGGUUUUGCCAUUGGUCAUCAUCUUAUGAACAGUAUGAUUCAAGCUGCCGCAGGGGAUAAUAUGCUUGUCCUUUCUAGUGAAAGCAUCAAGUAUGGCCUGGAUAUGCUACAAAGCAUUCAAAGUGAUCCUAAGAGUACAAAGAAAUCGCUCAAGGAUGUGGUAACUGAGAAUGAAUUUGAGAAGCGACUUCUCAACGAUGUUAUCCCCCCAAACGAGAUUGGGGUCAAUUUUGAUGAUAUUGGAGCUUUGGAGAAUGUGAAGGAAACAUUAAAGGAGUUGGUGAUGCUUCCCUUGCAAAGGCCCGAAUUGUUCUGUAAAGGACAAUUGACAAAGCCGUGUAAAGGAAUAUUGCUUUUUGGUCCUCCUGGUACGGGAAAGACAAUGCUUGCUAAAGCUGUCGCAACAGAGGCAGGUGCAAAUUUUAUCAACAUAUCAAUGUCAAGCAUUACCUCGAAGUGGUUUGGUGAAGGAGAAAAAUAUGUGAAAGCUGUAUUUUCAUUAGCAAGUAAAAUUGCUCCUAGUGUUGUUUUUGUGGAUGAGGUUGACAGUAUGUUGGGGAGGCGUGAGAAUCCAGGAGAACAUGAAGCCAUGCGCAAGAUGAAGAAUGAAUUUAUGGUGAACUGGGAUGGGCUACGAACAAAAGAUAAAGAGCGUGUGUUAGUACUUGCUGCUACUAAUAGACCGUUCGAUCUUGACGAGGCUGUCAUCAGGAGGCUUCCUCGGAGGUUGAUGGUGAAUUUGCCUGAUGCAUCAAAUAGAGAGAAGAUUCUUAGAGUAAUACUAGCCAAAGAAGAUUUAGCAGAUAGUGUAGACAUGGAAGCAUUAGCUAAUAUGACAGACGGAUAUUCUGGAAGUGAUCUAAAGAAUCUUUGCGUUACCGCCGCGCAUUGUCCCAUAAGAGAAAUUCUAGAGAAGGAAAAGAAGGAGAGAAAUGUAGCAGAAGCAGAGAAUAGACCACUACCUCCCUUGCGAAGUAGUGAGGACAUCCGUCCCCUGAAGAUGGAUGAUUUCAAAUAUGCACAUGAGCAGGUAUGCGCAAGUGUAUCGUCCGAUUCCACAAAUAUGGGUGAGCUUCUUCAGUGGAACGACCUCUACGGAGAAGGCGGUUCGAGGAAGAAAAAAGCGCUGAGCUAUUUCAUGUAGUCGUGUAGCAGCAGGUAAUCUAUUCUUGUAUAGGUUUGUUCUUCUACCGAAGCCUUUCCCUGAAAGCUUGAGGAGAUGCGAUCGCAAAUAGGCGUUUACUCCUUCCUGGGUUCUCAUGUAAAAAUAUGCGGUAUGUUUUGAUGCAGAUCGUCAGUGCCUUUUGGUGUCAUAAUUAAAUCACACAAUUAAUCCGUAGAGAAUCAAUUGAAGAGAUUAAUUAUUAUUAUUUUUUUUCUGUUUCUUUUAUAAUUCCUGGCACUUAAUUGCGGAGGCCUAGUAAUAGCAUAUGUAUAUACAAUGCAGCAGAAGCUGAGCUGUUGGUGAAUAAACACUGAAACCAGACUUUAGUUAUUAUAAAUUUUAUUUUUGAGACA